AUGCAGACCUCCAAUCUCCUCGCCGUGGUUAUCCUUGCAGCUGGCGUCUUCGCCGACCUCCAUAAGACUGCCGUGUGCGUCAAGGACAGAACGAACAACCCUAUUGGCGGCACUCCAUACAGUCCCAGCUAUAACUGGGUCAAGAACUACGAGAUCUUGCCCGACGAGACCAAGUGUGCUUGCGACAUGUACAAGGCGCGCAAUACUGGAAGCAACCAAUGGGAUACGUGCCCUGAUUGCACCUUUGAUGGCCUUGGUUGCAAUUCUGAGGCUUGGCAUAUUGGUGGUGACGAGUUCACGUACUAUUGCGAAAAGAAGUGUGGUGCUCAAGGCGCUGAGGCUAACUAG